UGGCGGCUCCGAGCGCUCUCUUCAGCGUUCAGUAGCGGCUUCCAGGCUGAGCGGAUGUCUCUUCCCCUCAGUGUGGGACUCAAAAACGCACAGCUCCCAGGCCUGCUGACCACGAAGUCCUCGGAGGCGCUCAGGGCCCCGGAAGCUCCCCGCGGCCGCUACCGCCGCCUCGGCCCUGCUCGUCGCGGCGCCCGGCACCCAGCGCGAUCUACGGCGGCCGCCCAAGAGGUUCACAAAAAUGGCCAAAAGAAUUGCUGAGAAGGAAUUAACAGAUAGGAAUUGGGAUCAAGAAGACGAAGCUGAAGAGGUGGGAACAUUCUCAGUGGCCAGUGAGGAAGUCUUGAAGAAUAGAGCCAUUAAGAAGGCAAAGCGUAGGAACGUUGGAUUUGAAUCUGAUAGUGGAGGAGCCUUUAAAGGUUUUAAAGGUUUGGUUGUGCCUUCUGGAGGAGGAGGAGGGUUUUCUGGAUUUGGUAGUGGCGCUGGAGGGAAGCCUCUGGAAGGACUGACAAAUGGAAACAGCACAGCCAGUGCCACACCCUUCUCCAGCUCAAAGGCAGCAGUAGUGGAGCCCAAGGCAGCAUUUGGUUCUUUUGCUGUGAAUGGUCCUACUACCUUGGUUGAUAAGCAGCAAUGUAAUAGCAGCAAUCAGCUGUCCUCUGGCCCGGCUUCCAGUACAGCCUGCACUGGGAAUACCUAUCACAAGCAGUUGGCUGGCUUGAACUGCUCUGUCCGGGACUGGAUAGUGAAGCAUGUGAAUACCAACCCACUUUGUGACCUGACGCCCAUUUUUAAGGACUAUGAGAGAUACUUGGCAACGAUUGAGAAGCAACUUGAGAAUGGAGGCAGCAGCAGUUCUGAGAGCCAGACUGAUAGGGCAGCGACUGGAAUGCAGCCCCCCUCUCUUUUUAGUUCAGCAAAACUACAGCAAGAGUCACCGUUUUCAUUUCGUGGCAGCAAAGCAGAGGACACAUCUGAAAAGGUGGAGUUUACAGCAGAAAAGAAAUCGGACAUAGCACAAGGAGCAACAAGUGCCUCGUUUAAUUUUGGCAAGAAAAUUGAGAGCUCAGUUUUGGGCUCCUUAAAUUCUGGCUCCCUGACUGGGUUUUCAUUCUCCCCUGGAAACUCUAGUUUAUCUGCCCAAAGUAAAGCUGCCUCUUCACCAUUUUCUGCAUCAGAGAGUCAAGCAGGAGGCAGCAGCAGUGAAUGCAGAGGUGGCGAUGAAGAAGAGGAUGAUGAGCCGCCCAAGGUGGUGGUGACUGAAGUGAAGGAGGACGAUGCUUUCUACUCCAAAAAGUGUAAACUAUUUUACAAAAAAGACAAUGAAUUUAAAGAGAAGGGAAUGGGAACCUUGCAUUUAAAACCCACGGCCAAUCAGAAGACUCAGCUCUUGGUGCGGGCAGACACCAACCUAGGCAACAUACUGCUGAAUGUUCUGAUUCCACCCAAUAUGCCAUGCACCCGAACAGGGAAAAACAAUGUCCUCAUUGUCUGUGUCCCCAACCCCCCACUUGAUGAGAAGCAACCCACAGUCCCAGUCACCAUGCUGAUUCGGGUGAAGACGAGUGAGGAUGCAGAUGAACUACACAAGAUCUUACUGCAGAAGAAGGGUGCCUGAGCACUGAAGCCGACCAAGGGAUGUUACAGCCACAUUGCUGCUUCUCCUCUGCCCCCAAACUUAGUCACAUUCUUUCUUCUUCUUACUGUGACAUUCUGAGAACUUCUAGGUAACGGGAAACUUCUGUGAGGAAGAUUAAGGCCAAUAAAACCUGGGUGUGUCAGCUCUUUUCCCUUCCUGAAAACUAAGCAAAAUACAUUCAAGUGAAAAAUUUGGGAAGAUUUUUUUAAUGUUGGUUCAUUGAGUAAACUAACCGAAGUGAUUCUUAGUGGACUGCAGUCAGGGUACCAGUUAACACUCCAAAGGCUCCUGCAGGCAGCUGUGGGCUCUGCUCUCCUGACUGCCCCAGGAGACCCAUGGCAGUGUCCCACAGCACCCCAGAUGACACCCAUCUGCUCCCCUCCUGUGGGCUUAUCUGACCCGUGAUGAGCACUCCUGCCAAACGCCACGCCGCCACACUGUGACCAUGCUGAACUGUGGGUAAGAUGUCUCUGUCAUCAGCCUGUUGGCAGGUGAUGGCCUCUGACCUGGGGCUGCUUGACUGAUCUAGGAACUGCCUUUUCAUGGAAAGGACAUGAGUGGCUCGUUGGGAGCUGGCAGUGUAGACCGGGUUUUGUCGUUUUUAUCCAGGAGGUGCUCUUUCUUUACCCUCCUCAGUUAACGUGGAAGGGGAUGUCAGGAAUAAUGGAUUUUAAAAGCACAAAUUUGGUGACUUUUUAAAUAUCAUUUCUAUACCACAAAUAAGCCUUUAUUUUAAAAGAAAAAAAGUUGAAAGAGGAUGUGUGCUCAUUUCCGUUUUUGCCCUGGUGAGCCCCGUGGGCGCAGUCUGAAUGGGGUCCUCUCAGGAACCGUGCACUCACAAGAAGCAAGAGUGUGGGAAUGGCGUUUGCCUGUUUGUCUUACAGCUUCGGACUACAGCAUGGUACUUGGCAUCUGAAAACUUGUUUAUUUAUUUUUUUUUUUUAAGGAUGAGGUACUGAGUGUGUCCAUUUGGAAUAGAACCUUGGUUCUGCACGGGCCAUUCAUGUCACUACAGAGCAGUGAAGGUUACUAGUACUUGUAUUCUCUGAAGACCAGACUUCAAUUAAAUGCAAGCUUUGUUGCCUAGCUGGUAAUCCCAGUGCCAGAGAAGCCAAGGCAGGAAGAUGUUUGAGUUCACAGCAGCCUGAGCUACCUAGUAGCCCCCCCCUUCAAAAAAGAGGGAGAUUGAAUGAAGUUGCACUCUGAUUCCUCAUGAAACCGUUCAUCACUAGGACUAGAUCUUUUCUGAAGGCUCAGGGUCAGUGCCCAGGGUGCCAGAGCGCUCAGCUAGUCAAUAAAUAGACAGUGCUCUGACCUGGGCAGAGUCACGAAACCUGACAGCACAGUUGCUUUCUCAAAACUGUACUGUUGUGAGUGAGAAUGAAGCCUAAUUAACUUUUAUUUGGGUAGCCAUGGCUAACCUUGAACUCAGAGAUCCACCUGCCUCUGCCUGGGGGCGGGGCAGGGUUUAUCACUGUCACACCUCUGCUCAACGGGUUGGCACUUGUCUGCAGAUGGCCUGCUUGUGCUUGGGGGGUGUGAACCUGGGGAGGUGCUGUGCCUUUGCCAUUUAGCAUUGAGAAUUGGUUUCUAGCAAGCAAUUUGCUACUUCUGUUAUCACUGGCCUUGCUCUGUUCACAUUGGGUUUGCCCAGCUUUCCAAAGAUGAAAUGAGGGGAACGCAUUUCAGACAGUACCAUGUAACCACAUGCCCAUGGGGCUGACCGGUGUCAGACUCUCAGGCACUUUCAGGAACUUGUCUAUUCAUGGUGGUGAUGCUCCAUGAGCAUCUAUCUGCCCAAGCCUUGCAUAUUUACCAAAAGAAUAUAAGCAAAAAAGGUUGCGACUGGAUUGCCUUCUAAGCCCCCUAGACCAUUUUAAUUGUAAAUUAGUGAGUGUGGCUUCCCUUUUCCUAACAUUCCCAGCACAUUUGCUGCUAAGACUAUCACUUUUGGAAGCGAGAAUUACAGGGGAGAGAUGGUGUGACCGGAACUCAGUGUGUCUUGUCUUUAUGCUUUAGGAGCUCGCUCAGCAUUCUUCACCCAAGUGUGAGUCACUAUGAAGUCUGUCAGAGGAGGCCCCUGGAGGGCUCUCGUUCUCCCUCCAUUGUGUUAGUUGCUGGUUUAAUGUGUUACAAAUUUGCCUAUUGUGUGUUUAUGUGAACUGAGGUUUUUAUCUCUAGCUUGAAAAUUUCCCUGAGGAAGUGUGUGUUCUCUAUGGUGAGGGUGCAGACUCCGAGCCUGGGCUUCCCACACUGUAUGUCACACUUUCGCACAUUCCCAGUCAGCAAAGUUUCAGCCCUGCGCGGUCUUCUUCAGAGAGCCACACUGUAUAGACCAUGGCUGUGUCAGCAACAGGUCUGACUGCUGAUGGGCUUUCUGUUAUACAGUUUCAGUUCUAAAUCCUAUUUUUUACAUGCUGCGUGCCAAAAAUAAAUACCUGCUGCAGCGUAGGGGAAAAUUCUACCUUGUUGUCAGGGUUUUCCCUGACAGCCUCUUCUACCUUUUGAAGGUUAAGGAGUCUGUUCUUGCCAGUUUGUUCAUUAUAUUACUAUUUCUGAAGAUGAGAAAUAGCCCCUUUUAGGCUACAGACUACCUGCUCAGACCAAGUCUAAUUCUGGAAGUGGGAUUUUUAAGGAAAUGACCUGUUCUGUUACGCGUAGGUGAAGUUGGGAGCUCUUCAAGGCAUCUUCUAGCCCCAUGCUCUGCACAAGGCCACCAUGUGCUCUCCAGAAGCAAUUGCAAAACUGAAGACUGUCCUCUAUGCAGACAGAUUUGUAAAGGGAAUGUAAGAGUUCUUAACAAUCACAUAGAAUAAUCUGCUUUUUACCUGAAAGAGGAAAUUGUUUUCUAAAGCUAAAAUACUUGAAUUGUCAGACAGUAUAAUCUCAGUGUGUGUGAGCUUUUGAAUGGGCCUGUGAGGAAGUGUAACAAUCCAUGAAAUGUGAAUAAAUGGAACAUUAAAAACUGG